AGGCUUCCAGAGUCUAGACCAGUGGAUGGAUAGGAUCUCCCUCUUCUCCUGCCUGCCGCAGUCCGCACCUGCACGCCUGCACGAGUCCACCAGGCCCCCGAGCUGCCCACCGACGGGAUCUCUACCCCCGCCCGCCAUCCCCUUCUCUCUGCCCCUCCCGAGUUCGAUCUUUCGCGGAAUUGGCGGAGGGGCCGGAUAUGUCGUCGUCGGUUGGGGUCGGCAGCGCGGGUGGCGGAGGAACGGACAUCGCCAGCCUGCUGGAGAAGGCCAAGGAGCUGGACCAGCUGAAGAAGGACCAGGACGACAUCGUUGUCGAGAUCAACAAGAUUCACAAGAAGGUCCUCGCAUGGUAAGGAGAAUUGGAGAUGCCGCUUGCAGAGGGAGGGGGAUUGGGGCUUCUGUGUGAGAAGCUCAACAAUCUGGAUCAGUUGUGGUAUUGUGGAAAGUGCAGGAGGUUAUGAUCGCCAAGAUCAACAUCAUGCACAGGGAGAUGUGUUGCUGUAAACGACCCCAGAGAUGGUUGAUAAAUCAGUUGACGCCAUUUUGCUUAAGCUUCGUGGUUUAUAUGCCCGUGCAAAGGAGCUCUCUGAGAAUGAAAUCAGUGCCUCAAACGCUUUGAUUGGAUUACUAGAUGGUUUGUUGCAAUCUGGAGCGUCAACUGCACAAAAGAAAAAGAUAGUUGCUUUCUACAUUUCAGAAGUUGGUGAGCAGAAAAAGAAGAGGAUCAAGUCGGAUACAGAUUCUGCACGAUUUUCUGCUGCAUCUAUGAGGAAUCAACUUGACCAAGCUGCAAGCCUGAAAGGAGAGCAGGUUGCUGCUAGGGUAAAAUCAGAUGAUGAAAAAGAUGAGUGGUUUGUCGUGAAGGUCAUACAUUUCGAUAAGGAAACAAAAGAGUAUGAAGUACUUGACGAAGAACCAGGUGAUGACGAAGAGAGCACCCAAAAGUAUGAGAGGAAGUACAAGUUGCCUAUGUCUUACAUUAUUCCAUUUCCAAAGAAGGGGGAUCCUUCGAGUGCCCCAGAUUUUGGGCAGGGUCGACAAGUUUUAGCGGUUUAUCCCGGCACUACAGCAUUAUACAGAGCUACCGUAGCUUCUCAUCGUAAGAGGAAGUCUGAUGAUUAUAUUCUGGAGUUCGAUGAUGAUGAGGAGGACGGGUCUCUGCCGCAAAGAGCUGUGCCGUUCUAUAGGGUGGUUGCCCUCCCGGAGGGCCACCGGCAGUGAAGAUCUUUGACGCGGUUGCGCAUUUGUAGUGUAACCGAUAACGCAAGAUAGAUGUCUUGAGUGUGACAAUGUCGUGGUCAUAUCUCUGCAGCUCGGCGCACGUUGAAGUGCAGGCUAUAGCGCCUGCGAUUUGAGAUGAAAUAACUUUUAUAGCCAACUUAUAUCCUGUAAAUAGAUAUGGAUCUAUUGUUUUCUGUAAUAAAAAAAUGUUUGCCUCCAAA